AAGCCCCGCCCCUCUGGAGCAGCAGCUGGUUCCGGCUCUCUCUCUCUCUGUGGUCCCGCCUCGCUGCAGGAGCGUCCGGAGGACACCUCAAGAGGAGGAGCGCCGAGCCAGCCUGGGUCAGCCCUCGGUAACAGCCGGCUGUGUGCCAUCGGAGCCCCAGUGUGAGCGGGACACUUGACUGUCAAUAAUCAUGAAGAACCCAUUUGCACACCUUGCUGAGCCCUUGGACCCUGCACAACCAGGAAAGAGAUUCUUCAAUUUGAAAAAGUUAGAGGACUCAAGAUACGGUCGUUUACCGUUUUCUAUCAGAGUUCUCCUGGAGGCGGCCAUCCGGAAUUGUGAUGAGUUUUUGGUGAAGAAAAACGACAUCGAAAAUAUCCUGAAUUGGAGUGUCAUGCAACAUAAGAACAUAGAAGUGCCAUUUAAGCCGGCCCGCGUCAUCCUGCAAGACUUUACGGGCGUGCCUGCUGUGGUUGAUUUCGCAGCCAUGCGCGACGCCGUGAAGAAGUUGGGAGGAAACCCAGAGAAAAUCAACCCGGUCUGUCCCGCCGACCUUGUGAUUGAUCAUUCCAUCCAGGUUGACUUCAACAGAAGGGCAGACAGUUUACAGAAGAACCAAGACCUGGAAUUUGAAAGAAAUAGAGAGCGAUUUGAAUUUUUAAAGUGGGGUUCCCAGGCCUUCUGCAACAUGCGGAUUAUUCCUCCUGGCUCAGGAAUCAUUCACCAGGUGAAUCUGGAGUAUUUGGCCAGAGUAGUCUUUGAUCAGGAUGGAUGCUACUACCCAGACAGCCUCGUGGGCACAGACUCACACACCACCAUGAUUGACGGUCUGGGAGUCCUUGGCUGGGGUGUGGGUGGAAUCGAAGCAGAAGCCGUGAUGCUGGGUCAGCCCAUCAGCAUGGUGCUUCCUCAGGUGAUUGGCUACAAGCUGAUGGGGAAGCCACACCCUUUGGUAACAUCCACAGACAUCGUGCUCACCAUUACAAAGCACCUCCGGCAAGUUGGGGUUGUGGGCAAAUUUGUGGAGUUUUUCGGGCCAGGAGUAGCCCAGCUGUCCAUUGCUGACCGAGCUACGAUUGCCAACAUGUGCCCAGAGUACGGCGCGACCGCAGCCUUCUUCCCGGUUGACGAAGUCAGCAUAGCAUACCUGCUGCAGACAGGUCGUGAGGAAAACAAAGUCCAGUACAUUAAAACGUAUCUUCAGGCUGUCGGCAUGUUCCGAGAUUUCAGUGACCCCUCUCAAGACCCCGACUUCACCCAGGUUGUGGAGUUAGAUUUGAAAACGGUUGUGCCUUGCUGCAGUGGACCCAAAAGACCUCAGGACAAAGUUGCUGUGUCUGACAUGAAAAAGGACUUUGAAAGCUGCCUUGGAGCCAAGCAAGGAUUUAAAGGCUUCCAAGUUGCUCCAGACCAUCACAACGACCACAAGACAUUUAUCUACAAUAACAGUGAAUUCGCUCUUGCUCAUGGGUCUGUGGUAAUUGCUGCCAUCACUAGCUGCACAAACACUAGCAAUCCAUCCGUGAUGUUAGGAGCAGGACUGCUAGCAAAGAAAGCUGUGGAGGCGGGGCUGAACGUGAGGCCCUACAUCAAAACCAGCCUGUCUCCCGGAAGCGGUGUGGUCACCUACUACCUACGCGAGAGUGGAGUCAUGCCUUACCUGUCCCAGUUAGGGUUUGACGUGGUGGGCUAUGGCUGCAUGACCUGCAUUGGCAACAGUGGACCACUUCCUGAACCUGUGGUCGAGGCAAUCACUCAGGGAGACCUCGUAGCUGUUGGAGUGCUGUCUGGGAACAGGAAUUUUGAAGGCCGCGUCCAUCCUAACACACGGGCCAACUACUUAGCGUCUCCCCCACUGGUGAUAGCUUAUGCGAUCGCAGGGACCGUCAGGAUUGACUUUGAGAAAGAGCCUUUGGGAGUGAAUGCACAGGGCCAGCAAGUGUUUCUGAGGGACGUCUGGCCGACUCGAGACGAGAUCCAGGCGGUGGAGCGGCAGUACGUCAUCCCUGGGAUGUUUAAGGAGGUCUACCAGAAAAUAGAGACUGUAAACAAAAGCUGGAAUGCCUUAGCAGCGCCGUCAGAGAAGCUGUACGCAUGGAACCCUAAAUCUACGUACAUUAAGUCACCGCCAUUCUUCGAAAACUUGACUUUAGACCUCCAGACGCCCAAGUCUAUAGCGGGUGCUUAUGUGCUGCUAAACUUAGGAGACUCAGUAACUACAGACCAUAUCUCUCCAGCGGGGAAUAUCGCAAGAAACAGCCCCGCUGCUCGCUACUUGACCAACAGAGGCCUGACGCCACGAGAGUUCAACUCCUACGGCUCCCGCCGCGGGAAUGAUGCCAUCAUGGCACGGGGGACAUUUGCCAACAUUCGCCUGCUGAACAAGUUUCUGAACAAACAGGCACCUCAGACUGUGCAUCUUCCCUCAGGAGAAACCCUUGAUGUGUUCGAUGCUGCUGAGCGGUACCAGCAGGCUGGAUUUCCCCUGAUCGUUCUGGCCGGCAAAGAGUAUGGCUCGGGCAGCUCCCGAGACUGGGCAGCCAAAGGCCCUUUCCUGCUGGGAAUCAAAGCCGUCCUGGCAGAGAGCUAUGAGCGCAUUCACCGCAGCAACCUGGUGGGGAUGGGGGUGAUCCCCCUUGAAUAUCUCCCUGGAGAAACUGCAGACUCUCUGGGACUCACAGGCCGGGAGCGAUACACUAUCAACAUUCCAGGGAACCUUAAACCUCGCAUGAAGGUUCAGAUAGAGCUGGACACCGGGAAGACCUUCCAGGCUGUGAUGAGGUUCGACACUGACGUGGAACUCACCUACUUCCACAACGGAGGCAUCCUGAACUACAUGAUCCGCAAGAUGGCCCAGUAGGUGCCAGCCUCUCGGGAGACCCGCCCUUGGUGCUAGGCCCAGUGAGGUACCAGGCCCCAGCUGGUGGAGCCACCUCAACUCCUAAGGAGGGUGCUGCCAAGAAGAGCAAGUGGACACUGCCAUGCCUGGAGGCAAAGAGCCAGGAGUUUCUACGUUCUCGAUUUGCUAAUAUUUUUAUCCUUUUCUAUAAUCUGGAAUCUAGAAUCGUGGGAAGCUCUGUAGUACCAGGAAGAAGGCUUCCUUGUCUGUAAAGUUAUUGAUCACAGACAUUGAUUUUCACCCUGACUAAUCGUCAACUGAGCACUAGCCAGUAUUCUCAGAAGUGUCUCCUGCACUUCUUACUGUUCGUCUCUGUUUCUCUCUGCUCAAGGAAACCCUUGCCUGGAGAGCCCAGCCCUCUGUAUGACACAGUGUUAACUGACCUAGGUUAAGAACGUCUUCACACUUCAAAUUCAUAGCAGUGAUGUAAUCCCCUCCUUAAAGUGAGCAAAGACCUUAUGGAGAGGUCAGCCAUCAAGUGUUUGAUUAUGCACCUUUCACUCAAGAUGAAAGGGAUUUAUUUCUCUUUCCAUUUUCAGCAUUUGUUGAGAGGGGACCUUUGUUUGAAAGUCACUGGGGAGAGAGACAGGACUUCUAAUUGGAGUGAGAUUAAAUAUAUUUUCAUGAAAAUGUGUUGACUUUGGGACUGAGUUUUGUUGGGAAUGUGACCACAGUGCUGUGACCCAGAGAGUCAUAUGGACCCUGAAAGGUCUUCAUGCCUGCUGUUUCCACCACUGCAUCUGAGCUGCAGGCACAGAGGGAACGUUCGGGAGCCAGUGUGGGAGCUGCCUGUUCUAGAG